CCCCUUUAUAAAUCACUACCGAUGGCAACACCUUCUUCUUCAGCACUCCUCCGAGGAACGCAAAAAUGGCACCUUCAACACUCUCUCUAUCACUCAUCUUCCUCCUUUCACUCUGCAUCGCGGGAACCGUUAGAUCGGAUGACGAUUGCGUGUACACGGCGUACGUUAGAACCGGAUCGGUGCUUAAGGGCGGAACCGACUCCAAGAUCGGGAUCAAGUUGUACGACAAGUACGGCUACUACAUCUACAUUAAAAACCUCGAAGCGUGGGGCGGUUUGAUGGGAAAGGGUUACAACUACUUCGAGCGCGGCAACCUCGACAUCUUCAGCGGAAAGGCACCUUGUCUUGACGGACCCGUUUGUGCCGUCAACGUUACUUCUGACGGAUCCGGUUCGCACCACGGCUGGUACCUUAACUACGUCGAAGUCACCUCCACUGGGCCCCACAUACCCUGUUCUCAGGAACAGUUCGAUGUGGAAGAGUGGCUCGCUCUCGACACCUCCCCCUACCAGCUUUGGCAAGUCAGGAACCACUGCCGCUAUAGCUUGGAACAGGCCCGGCCAGCUUCGGAGCGCGCUCGAUCCGAAUCCGGAUCCGGAUCUGGACCCAGAUCUGCAAUCUAGAAUGCACGUCUAUGAGGAAGGUUUAUGGCAACGGUCGCGAAAAAAAUAAGUAUCGCCUUAGUACUUGAAUUGGAAAAGCGGGUUUGAGGGUUCAAAACCCGUUCUUUUCUUUGUGGUUUUCAAUAAUAAUGGAAACUAUCUGUAUCAAUCGCUAUGGUAUUGUAGUCUCUUGUGUAUUGAAAGGUUUGAAUUCGCUUUUCAAAAUAUUAAAAGACGAUCUUAUUACAGGCUUCA